GAGAUGCUGACCAAGCCUGACGCGCCCACCUCCCCCUCCAAAGGGGGGCGUCCCCCUGCAGUCAAAGCUGGAGGUAUGAGAGUUUCUAAGAAGCCGGAGAACGUACCUGUUGAAAGGAAUCCCAAAGUUCAUGGGAGGCAAAGGGCCAGUGCUGUUAGCAUUGCAAAAAUGCAAAGCAUGAGUGUCUUGUUAGCAGAUGCACUGGAGAAACUCAGGCAUAAGUUCCCAGCAGCAGCUGCCGCACAAGGAGUGCAUCAAAAGCCAAGGCCUACUCUGGAAAAGAUUAUACUGCCCAAAAGAAUGUGCAUUAUUCAGCAGCCUCGGAAAUGUUAAAGAUGUAGAGUAAAAUAUUCAUAUAUCUGACAGACUUGCUCUUAACAAAACACCACUUAGCUAAGCAUGCAGUAAAUGGACCAAAUGUCAUUCAGUUUCUACUUCGUAUUUUUCAGGCAAUAAAAUCUCUGUAUGUUCUGCAAAGCACUAUUUUUUUUCCAAAGCACAUUUUUAUUUCAGAAGGGACUAAUAAGACUUU